UUGCUGUCCGAUGAGACUUCCGCCGCUGCCCACAAUCACUGAGAUUAUCAAGCUCUACAGGCUGUCUGCAAAGGCACAGCUCAGUCAGAACUUUUUGCUAGACAUGAACUUGACAGAUAAAAUGGUUCGUUGUGCUGGAGAUUUGUCAGACAAAUUUGCUUGUGAAGUUGGUUGUGGUCCUGGAUCAUUAACCAGAUCUAUACUACAUGCUGGAGUCAAACAGGUUGUUGGUGUCGAGAAAGAUCACAGAUUCAUUCCCUCACUUGAGUUAUUGGCAAAUGCAAGUAAUGGCCGUUUCAUUGUGAAACAUGAUGAUAUACUGAAGUUUGACAUUGAGGCAGCUUUUCCAUUGGUACAAAAGAGAGCAUGGGAGGACGACUCUCAGCUGUGUUUGAUUGGAAACCUUCCAUUUAAUGUUUCUAUACCCUUGCUGCUGCAAUGGCUAAGAGCCAUGCCAAUUCGUCAUGGACCAUUUUCAUUUGGCCGCAGCACGAUGACAUUAACUUUCCAGAAAGAAGUUGCUGAGAGAAUUACUGCACCACCAAAUCACUCACAACGCAGUAGGCUGUCAGUCAUGGUGCAACAUUUGUGUGAUGUCAAGUGGGUAUUUGACUUGCCAAGUUCAGUGUUUGUACCUCGACCAAAGGUUAAUGCAGCUGUUCUUCACUUUGUGCCUUUGGUCGUUCCUGUGUUAGACGUGCCAUUUGACAUUUUAGAGAUUGUUGUGAAGAGCGUGUUUAAUUUUAGAAGGAAAAUUAUUAGCAAGGGAGCAAGAUUACUCUUUCCAGAAUCACCUGAUCUUGUUAGUAACUUGUUUUCAAUGAGUGACAUCAAUCCUCAGCUGAGGGCUCAACAGCUAACAUUAGAACAGUGGGGACGACUGUGUACUGCAUAUGCCCAAUUGAGAAAAGAUCUGAUGUAACAAUAGGUGUACAAGUAUACAACGUGAAGUAACAUUUCUUAUUUAGUAUAUUGAAUUACAGAGCGGAAUGUGAAGCAAAUUACUGUCUAGCUAUUGUUAGUAGUGGCAUAUCAGGUACCUGGUGCAAAUUAGACUGCAAGUAGUCUAUAUCUUUACUUAAUUUUGUAUUGAAAUAGUAACUUGUCACAACAAUCUUGAUAUUCCUUUGGAAAGUGGUUACGUGUCAGUAUUCAUUUCAAUACGUAACCAUAUGCAUACCAAGAUAACAGAAAAUAUUACUAGCU